CCGCACAUUUCUCACCACAGGCCUCGCAGCACAGACGCAUUCAUGAAGGAUCGCUCGGCAGGGGCCAGAUGCUCGGUAGCGCACUCAACCGGAUCGCUGUCGAGAUGCUGCAGCCUGCCUUGUUUACUAAUCCUUGCGGCAGACUGCACAAGUCGUGCAAUCGUGUAUGACGAACAAGCUCGCUCGCAAGCCAAGCGCAAAGUACAAUGAUCCUUUCCGAGCUCAAGAUCGUUCGUCGUCCCCUCACUCGACCCGCGGCAGUCCUCCUCGCUCGCGACGGAAUGGCCUACUCGUCGAGCAGACAAAUCCAAUACGCGCCGACGUUCGACAGACUGAUGUCGAUACGCCAAUCGAGAUUCGACUGGAGAAUCGCUCAGCAACAUCAUCGGAUGCUGACCAUGGCAAGGCACACUCACUAGAAGACGAAAAGGUUCACAUCCUGAAUGCGUCGCCUGCGUCGAGCGUGACCGCUGACGCGACGCCUGCCAAAGGAUCGUACCUCAGGAUCUUUCGCUUUGCGUCUCGCACCAAUGUCAUCUUCAACUUCAUUGGCCUGUUCUGCGCCAUUCUCUGUGGCUUCGGUCUGCCGCUCAUGACGGUCCUCUUUGGGAAUUUGACGGACUCCUUUGUCAAUUUUACCGCGACAGUGCUCAAUGGCGAGGAUCCCGGCUCCGCCAAGCAAACCCUCUUCUCGUCUAUCGAUCGCGAUGCUAUCUUGCUCGUCAUCCUUGGAGGAGCGCUCGGUGUAUUGACCUUCGUCUACAAGUUCAUCUGGUCGUACACUGCAGAGGCAACAACGCGUAGAAUGCGCGAAGAGUUCCUCUCGAGCGUGCUCAGACAGGACAUCACCUUUUUCGACACAGAGAUGUCUCCUGGCGUCGUCUCGACGCGCAUCGCGAAUGAGACUCAGCAGAUCCAGCAAGGAAUUGAUGAGAAGGUGCCGACUGUUGCCAGUCUGCUAUCGACAUUUGUGACUGGCUUCGUUGUCGCGUACAUACGAAACUGGCGACUGGCUCUUGUCCUGACAUCGAUGUUGCCCUCCAUGGCCAUUACUGCAGCAGUGAUGAACCGUCUGCUUGCCAGUCGACGCAAAGAAGCCCUCGUUCAUUCCGGCAAAGGUGCUACGCUUGUCGAAGAAGUCUUCUCGAGCAUUCGCACUGUUCAGGCUUUCGGCAUGCAGAACGCUCUUGCAAAGCUCUACGAUAAGCACAACCAGGCCGUCUUGCGAACGGGUCUGAUCAGCGCUCGAAUUCACUCUGCUGGCUUCGCGUGGUUCUUCAUGACGAUCUACCUGUCUUACGCCCUUGCUUUCUGGUUCGGCACUAAGCUGCUCCUCAAUGGAUCAGCUUCCGCUGGGCAGAUCGUCAACUGUAUUUUUGCCGUCCUGCUAGCUAGCUUCUCGCUCAGUCAGAUCACACUGCCUGCUCAGGCUAUCUCAUUUGCUGCAGUCGCAUCCGGCAAGCUGUUCGAGACGAUUGAUCGAAAGCCGACCAUCGACGCUUCGAGCACAACUGGCCUCAAGCCACGUCAAGUAACAGGCUCGAUCGCGUUCAAGAACGUUUCGUUCGCUUAUCCUGGCCGGCCAGACGUCAGAGUCCUCCAGGAUUUCAGUUACACUUUUGCUGCUGGUCAAGUGACCGCCAUCGUCGGCGCUAGCGGCUCUGGCAAAAGCUCGAUCCUAAAUCUGCUCACCCGCUUCUAUGACCCUUUGGCAGGCUCCGUCAACGUUGAUGAUCGCAAUAUCAAGGCGCUCAACAUCAGAUGGCUAAGACAGCGUAUCGGUAUCGUCAGUCAGACGCCAAACUUGUUUUCUGGAUCAAUCUAUGACAACAUCAGUCUCGGUCUCAUCGGGACUAAAUACGAAAAUGCGUCGAAAGAGGUGAAGAUGCAACUUGUCAUCGACGCGUGCAAGACCGCCAACGCACACGGCUUCAUAUUGAAGCUGCAGGAUGCCUAUGAAGGCCAGAUCGGCGAGCGAGCCGGCAUAUUGUCGGGCGGUCAGAAGCAACGUCUCGCUAUCGCGCGUGCCGUCGUGUCUCGUCCGCCAAUGCUCAUCUUUGAUGAAGCCACUAGUGCUCUUGACUCUGCUAACGAAAAGGAAGUUCAAGCUGCUAUCAACAACGUCGUCGUGGGAAAGACGACCAUCAUCGUUGCCCAUCGGCUCAGUACCAUACGCAAUGCGCACGAGAUUGUCGUCAUGUCUCGUGGCGCACUCGUCGAACGCGGCUCGCACGAGCAACUGAUGACGCUGCAAGACGGCCGCUAUCGCAAGCUCGUCCAAGCUCAGAGCCUCACUGAACACGAUCGACCCAAAUCAUCUGUCCCUUCUCGGCCACUCUCCUCACGCCGGUCUACUCGCAAUCUAUUCAUGUCUUUCGGUGUUCCUCCCGAGGAAGACUUCUUUGACGUGCCAGACGAAGCCGAGAGCGCAGAGAUCGAGAAGAUCAAACAAAAAGCCUUCUUGCCCCUCAUGAUCCGCACAGCCAGACUUAAUCCAAUGCGUUGGCGCUAUCUGAUCGCAAUCAUCUUUGCAAUCGCAGGCGGGGUCGCUUAUCCAGCUAUCGGCAUCCUCUUUGCUCUCGAAAUCCAAGCCUUCUCUGGAACAUUCAAUCAGAUCGAGAGCACGCAUACUCGCUAUGCCAUCUUCUUUCUCAUCGUUGCUGGAUCAGCUUCGCUCGCUAUGCUCAUCGAAGGUUACUCUUUCUACACUUGUGGCGAAAGUCUCUCGCGCGUGCUGCGACUCAAGACGUUUAAAUCACUAAUGGGCCAAGACGUCGAAUUCCAUGAUCGGGAAGAUGCAACCGGUACACUCACAGCUGCAGUGGACGGUCGAGCGCAAAAGGUCAAUGGCCUUGGUGGUGUUACGUUCGGCAUCAUCACAAACUGCUUCGUCACUCUCAUUGCCGGCUGCACGCUCGGUCUUAUCUUUGCAUGGAAGACUGCUCUAGUAGGAAUUGCUCUGAUCCCAGCGACACUUGCGACUGGAAUGUGCGGAGCCAAGAUUGUCAUGAUGCAACGAGCACGCGUGGCCGGAGCGCACACCGAAUCAUCACGUCUCGCUUGCGAAGCAGCAGGUGCCAUCCGGACAGUGGCAUGCUUGACCAGCGAGCAGCAGAUCCUCCGACGCUACCGAGAGGCACUUGCGCAAGUUCAAAAGUCGAGCAACCGUUUCGCGUUUGGGUCCAAUCUGCUCUUUGGAUUUUGCCAGGCACUCAACUUUCCUUCGAUCGGCUUGAUCUUCUGGUUUGGAUCACGUCAGCUCGUCAACAACGAGAUUUCCGAACUUCACUUCUACAUUGUCCUCAUGACCGUUGUUUUUGCUUCGAUUCAAGCGGGCGCAGUCUUUAAUCACGUCGGCGAUGCGUCGCAGGCAGCGCGCGCUAUGUCGGACUCGGAGCAACUCUUCGAAAACGUUCCUGAAAUCAAUGGCCGUGGACAAGAGGGUCAGCUCGUCGAACGACUUUCAGGCCAUAUCAAGUUCGAGAAUGUCCACUUUUCGUACCCUCAUCGUCCAUCGAUCCCGGUACUACGUGGCAUUGAUCUCGAGAUCAAGCCCGGCCAAUUUGUCGCUCUUGUUGGCGCUUCCGGCUCCGGCAAGAGCACAAUCUGCCAGCUACUCGAGCGCUUCUACGAUGCCGAAGAUGGGCAAGUAACGAUAGAUGGUCAUGACAUUCGCGAUCUCGGCCUCGACAGCUUCAGAUCUUCCGUCUCGCUCGUCAGCCAGGAUCCUGUCCUUUUCAGCGGCACGAUCAGGUUCAAUGUGCUCCUUGGCAGCCCGGAUCCUAGUAAAGUCAGCGAGGCAGAUCUCUUCGAUGCUUGCCGUUCCGCGAACAUACACGAUUUUGUGCAAUCGCUGCCGCUCGGUUACGAGACAGAAGUGGGUGGGAGGGGCAGUCAACUCAGUGGCGGUCAACGACAACGGCUCUGCCUGGCUCGCGCGCUGAUUCGCAAGCCUCGCAUACUGCUGCUCGACGAAGCAACUGCCAGUCUCGACGCUCACUCGGAGCGAGUAGUGCAGGCUGCGCUCGACAAGGCAGCACACGGCCGCUCGUGCAUCUCCAUCGCUCACCGACUGUCUUCGAUUGCUCAUGCCGAUGUCAUUUACGUCAUCGAGGCCGGACAAGUCAUCGAGAAGGGCUCGCACUCUGAGCUAAUGCGCAUCAGAGAUGGACAUUAUCGUGCAAUGAUAGGUUCGCUAAGGCCGUUCUUGUCGGGGAUUACGCUGAUGAACAAGCAGGUCACCAAACGAUCUAGACAGAGUACAUGAAUGCAUCGAGUUG